ACCUCUAGUAGCGACAGUAUCUCGGCCACUACAACAACAACAAACACAGUAUCUCGGCUCUACUACAUAACACUCAAAUAUUCAAGAUGUAUUGCUGUUCUAAAAGAUGCCGUUUGUUUCACACGGUAUUACUCGACAAAACUCAAACAAAAUACUAAAUUGACCUUGCCGAAACGGACAUCUUUGAUGAAAAGAGAUGAAAUUCCAUUAAAUUACGAACUUAUCUAUCGGGCGCCAAUGGAAUCAUAUAUCUCACUUGCAAAAAACAUCUCCACUACUACAGCGAUAAUCAUUUCUUCUACUACAGCCUAUGCUGCAACUAACCAAUAUAAGCUUCCAACUCAGAGUUUUGAAUCCAUGGGUCUAGUGUCAGACUUCAACGACUUAUGGAUAUUUUGUGUGGGUUUUGUUAUGAUAACAGUCAUUAUAAGAGUUUUUAUUGCUAGAUAUCCUCUUCGAAUUUAUCGGACAAAUGAAAAAUAUGUUGCUAUAUAUGACUCUCAGAUACCGUUUCGACCGUCUAAACAUACGUUUUGCAAAGGCGAAGUGGAAGAAAUGUAUAGCAAAUUUAAUCCAUGGAACAGCUGUACUUAUAGGUUGGGCACCCGGACUUCUUUACUAUUAAGUCGGUAUUUUAGAACACCUGCCGAUUACAACCAAAUGCUCGGAUAUGACUAAGAACGUUAAAAUAAUAGGGCUGAUGUUCUGGCAUUGUAAAAUAUAACUUAAAAAUAUAGAAGUAUAAGAAUAACCUAAAACAUGCUUAACUACUAAAAUUUAACAAAAGUAUGUAAAACUCACACUAUGCUUCCAUUGCGAGAUUUAGCUAUUGGGAUUUAUAAAUCGUUUUUACAUCUA